AUGCCGGUUCGCUCGGACUUGGACCGCUCGCCGAAGCAUCUCGCCGCUGAUUUCCAAGCUUACGAAUCGUUGAAACUCGACGUACAGUCUCAGCGGAGGCUGGGCUGUAUCGUGAACGAGGAUGUUUUUCUGGAGUGUCCUUACGCCUUCGUACCUCACCGUGUAUUGCUCGAGUUGGCCCAAGAAAGCGACUCCCCCUUCCAAGCGAUAUCUGGAAAAGUAGUCUCUUGCACCCUGGAAGAUGUGCUGGUUGGCUAUGCCGAGGACAAACUUUUUUCCGACGAUCCCGUUGAAUUCGUGAUUUGUCUAACGGAGGAGGCAACGUCGCUCUUCGUCACUCGGAAUCGCCAAAUAACGCGCACGAUUCUCGACAUGGUACAUCAAGAGAUAAACAAGCGUCACUCGAAGCCGUGGCAAGAGAGAGGCGACUGCGUCGACGACGGCCGUCUGUUGGCGUCUCGAGACUCGCUGGAGCUCAACGUGGCCCUGCCCCUGUCGCAAUUGUGCCGACCGAGGCUACUCGGCGAUCGGCGCCCCGACGACGUCAGGGACGGCUGCGUCGAGCUCGUCGAGCUUUACCAGAGGUACGAGUGCGUAGCCUUCACGACGAUCGCCAAGCCGAGCCAAACGACUCUGCCCUACGACGAGCAGUGGGUACAGACGUAUCCCGGCAACCCGAAAAACCAGUGGACCCAGUACGAAUUCGUUGUGCCAGAUGAGUUUUUGGAGAUCUGGAAGGACGACGACAAAGACGAGGUAUACUCUUUAGCGACACUCGAGCACAGCUCGCGAGAAGCACAGAUCGAGAACGAAGACAACGAGCAAGAAGUGAGCGAGGAGCAACUGCAGCUCGAAAAGAAACGACGCAGUGCCAGGGAAAAACUGCAGCAAUUUUUGAGAAACCGCUCCAAAGACCUGCUCGCCGAAGUCUCGUUCAAUGCUUCGACCAAUUUGUACAAAAACGACGUAGCCAACCUUAGUAAGCGCGAAACAAUCAUCGAGACUCGCGAAGAGCAUCGAGAUUAUUACGCAGAAAAAGUUAGCCUGAUCGAUCUGAAUGCGACCAAGGGCAAAUAUCUCUACGCUGCGGCAUGGCAUUGUAAAGUUGAACAUAUCAUUGUGGCCGCUUACGCGGACAGAAUGGCUAAAGAUUACUCUCUGGUGGCAGUUUGGUCACUUUUGAGCCCACUCAGGCCCAAGAUUAUUCUCGAUUGCCAAGAGAGAAUUUCGAUGCUGUCAUUUUGUCCGAUCGAAGACUACACCAACAUCAUGAUAGGUGGUCGUAUAGAUGGAAAAGUCGUCGUUUGGGAAAUAAACGAGUCGUUGCUCAUUGAGAACGAGGAAGAAAGUGAUUCGUAACCGGAACACAAAGAGGCGAGAAUAGCGGUCUCGGCAGAAAAGUCUCAGCGCAAAUGCAUCACUGGCAUACAAUGGCUGCCGACGUGGUGUCGAAUCGAGUCCGACGGCAAUUUUCAAAGGAACGCCUCGUGCGCCCCGAAGGACCGCAAAGUCUGCUUCGCCACGUCCUCGGCCGAAGGUACCAUCUACUUUUGGCCUCUGCCGCGUGCUCUCUCGCGUCCGGCCACGGCUCGCAGUCCGCUUCAUCUGACCAUCGCACCGAUUUAUCAGCUCGUUAUCGACGAUCAGGACGACAAGAGCGUCGGUCCGAUGGCCUUGACCUGCUUCAGUCUGCCUCUGGCCAAAAGCGAGGAAUCCUCCAAUCUGAGCAUUCGAGACGAUGCUGAUUUAGAAAGACUCCGGAAGGUUUUCGUCGGUACGAACGGUGGCGAGGUCAUGACCUGCACCUGGGAAAGCAUGACUUUCAGUCUAGACAUCAGCGACAGGGAAGUAUGCAAAAUAACGCACAGGUGCUGUCUGCACGACGGGCCGGUGCGCUCGAUGAUCAAGUCGCCGCAUCUGGAUGAUAUUUUUUUGACAGUUGGCGGUCGAGUCUUUGCCGUUUGGAAAGAGGACUACGACGAGGGGCCGAUAUUCAAGAAAAGGAGCCCCGGCUGCUUGUACGGCGAGGCCUGCUGGACUGGGCGCGCUGGGAUUUUCGCCUUGUCGAGAUUGGACGGCAGCUUCGAAAUUUGGGAUCUCAAAAGGAAAAGCCACGCGCCGGUUCUCUGGCAAGUUAUAUCGAGCAAGGUAAACACAUCUAUAACGCUGUUUCUCGGACUUGCUUGCGAGCCGCCUGCGACCCAAGUGCGAGUAACACCGUUCCUCUAUCCAAGCCCACCUCGCAACAGUCAUAAAUUCUUGGCUUUACUCGACGGUAUAUCGAGUCUGCGUGUAUUUUGCGAGCCCCACGAAAAGAGCAAUAAUAAAGAGCUCGAGCGUCUCGAAUGGUUCGAGGAAUUCGCUUGGCGAGAGACGCGACGUAAACGAGAUUUUCUUCGCUGGCAAGCUGAUUAUUUGAGCAAAAAUCCUGUCGCUUUGCAGAGAAAAAUCGACCGAGAGCAAGCUGAAAUACAUCGGAAGCACGAGGAAGCGCGCAAAAAGUUCCUAGAGGAACAAGCAGAGCUGUUGCGAAGAGAAGCUGAAGAAAAGUUAGCUCAGCGAAGAGUAUCGAAAACAAUCAUUUGGCGUCAAAACGAACUAAAGCGAGCUGAAAAAAUAAUUUUUGGUAAAAAACGUCUGGUGCCUCAAGAAUUCGAAGAAAAAUGUAGACCACUAGUUGAGUUAGAACAAGAGCGUAACGCAAUCAAACAGAAAACCAAAAAAUACGCACAGCAAGCUGACAGUAUUUUUCAUAAUUUUUUGGCUAAGGAAAUGUCGUACAGCACUUUCGAUUUAAUGAAUAAUGCUGGAAAAAAUAUUUCAAAAGGCGCUGAUGACAUCUUUGUUACAAAAUCUGACGAUCACGAACAAGUAUCAAAAUUGAACAGCCACGAGAGGGAAGAUGAAUUUCAAAAAUUAAAAAUAGAUUUGUUGAAGCAGUUGAAAAAUGAACCAUAUAAACCACGAUUCGAUUGGCACGAGGCAAUGAAAGUCCUGGGUAUAAUAUGCAUGGCAUGUGGAUCUGGAGGUGGUGGCGGAGGCAGCUGGUUCCUUUUCGUAGCAAUCACAGCCUUCAUCCUGACUGUGCUCUGGUCGCUUUUCUAUCUGUUUUCUCUACGUGACGUGAUAAAACUGCCCAUCAAUUGGCUGGCCACGGAACUGCUCAAUACUGGCAUUUACGCUAUUCUGUACUUCACUGCAUUUAUCACCGAAUUAACCAUUGCUUACUGGACUACUCACAUAGUUGCAGGAGUUUUUGGAAUUUUCAAUACUCUCGCCUACGCUGCUGGCGCAUAUUUUCUGUAUCUGGAAUACAAAGGGCAGUAA